AUGAUGACUUUGAUCAGUUUGAUAAGCCUGGUGCAGAAAGGUCUUGGAGAAGAAGAGCUGGAGAUGACGACUGGGACAGUGAACUUGAUGAUGACUUGCUUGGAGAGGAUUUGCUAACUGGCAAAAAGAAUCAGUCAGACUUGUCAGAUGAAGAGCUGAAUGAUGAUCUUCUGCAAAGUGACAAUGAAGAGGAACAAGAAUUCCGUUCUCAAGGUGUCACAGUUAGCCUCAAUGCUACGUCCAGCAUACUCACAUCAUACGAGCUCUCUGAGACGAUCAACGAUCAAUCGCUAGAGCAUGAGUCCGAGUAUGACCAAGGGGAAGAUGAAAUUGUUUAUGACAGAUCUGAAGCACCUGAAGUAUAUGCUUCAGAGUAUGCAGAGGAAGGACAUUAUGAAGGCAAUGAUCCUGAACUGACAGAAGACCAAAUAGAAUAUGGGGAAGAACCUGGAGAAGAAGAUGAAGUGCUAGACCUUGAAAUCAAUGAACCCCUAGAUGAAUUUCCAGAUGAAGAUUACAUGCAAUCAUAUAAUGAGCAAGCAAUGGAAGAACAAGAAGAAUAUACCGCUGAUGAGGAGCUGGAAGAAUCCCAGACAAUAACAAAUGAAUCAGAGGAGGCAGCUAUUGAAUCUCUGGAACUUCAAGAAGAAGCAAAAGAAGAAUCUGAUGAAGAAGAGGAUGAUGACGAAGAGUCUGGACGAUUACGUUUCAAAACUGAACGGAAAGAAGGAACGAUAAUUAGGCUCUCAGAUGUGACAAGAGAAAGGAGAAACAUUCCAGAAACUUUGGAACUUUCUGCAGAAGCCAAAGCAGCAUUACUUGAAUUCGAAGAGAGGGAAAGGCAGCUUAAACAGGGACGGUAUGGCUCAAGGAGAGGAGGGCGAAGAGGAGGCUCAGUUAUGUGCCACGGAAUGGGAGAACAAAGGCGAGACAAUAAUGAUAGGGGAAGAAUGAAGGAUCACAGGCCUGCACUGCUGCCAAACCAGCCAUCGACAAUGACUCAUUCACAGAGGUUAAUUCCAACACACCAGCAACCUGUUAGGAGUCUGUUCCAGCAGCAACAACAGCAACAACAACAACAACAGCAGCAGCAGCAGCAACAGCAGCAGCAGCAGCAGCAGCAACAGUUACAAUCUCUGCUUCCUUUACAGCAUCAGCAUCAUUCUUCUCCUCCUCCAGGGCUACAUAUGCCCCCUCAGAUAGAAACACCUAGAAUAAUGAUGACUCCACCUCCAGUGACACCUCAGCAACCGAAGAACAUACACAUAAAUCCGCAUUUCAAGGGGACAGUAGUGACGCCUGUACAAGUGCCCUUGCUGCCAGUUCCAGCCCAGCCAAGACCUGCUGUAGGACCCCAGAGAUUUCCUGGCCCUCCAGACUUUCAGCAGCAUACCCCUGGACCAGUUCCUACCAACUUCUCCCAAGCCCCAAGGCUGCCGAUCCAGGACCAGUGGAGAGGGCCACCACCACCGCCACCACCACUCCCUCCUCCGCCUCCUCAGGAAAGAGAUCCUUUCUUCAUGGCAGAUCCGAGGUUUCCAAGCCAUCACUUGUUCGAGCAGCGGAGCCCCCCACCACCGCCACCUCCACCGCUUCUUAACAGCGCGCACCCUGUCCCUACCCAAAAUCCGAUGCCGUUCAGCCAGCCUGGGCCAGCGUUCAAUCAGCAGGGACAGCAACCGGUGUUUCCCAGGGAGCGGCCGGUGCGGCCGAACAUGCAGCCGCAAGGUCCCGUGGGGAUUCUCCACUUCAACCAGCCGGGUUCAGCAAACCCGCGGCCGUUCAUCCCUCCCAGGCAGCAGUUCCUGCAGGCUCCCGGACAGCCCUUCCUCGCCGCACACACGCAGCCCAGCAUGCAGGGUCCUUUGCAUCCUCCAUUACAGCCUCAGCCACAACCUCAGCCUCAGCACCAGCAGCAGCAGCAGCAACACCAUCAUCAUCUCCAAGGGCCACCACAGCCCUUGAUGCCCAUGAACCAGCCACAGUUCAGGCCUCACAUGCAGGCCACGCAGCAGCAGCCAAAUAACAACAGGAUGCAGUGUCAGCCGCGACAGGGUCCAAUGAAGCCAAGACACAAUACACCAUCACAAAAUAUUGUCAAGCGUCCAAAUCAGCAGCUACAGUCAACUGCUCCAAGAAAUAGUAACUUGCGUGAGUUGCCGAUAGCACCAUCGCAUGCUAUGGAAAUGAGCAACAACAGGCGAACCUCAACCCCCGCUGCUCAGGUCAAACCCAUUACCAGCACGAUGUCUGCCACCAAAUCUGUAGCUGGUGUUGGAAACUCACAGGGAAGGCCUGAGAUGAAAGCUAAAGCAAUCACACCAGUGGGCCAAGCAAAACCAGAAGUAAAAUCUGAACCAGAGUAUCCAGAGGAAGACGAAGAAACUAGAUUGUAUCGUUUGAAGAUAGAGGAGCAGAAGCGUCUAAGAGAAGAAAUUCUGAAGCAGAAGGAGCUGAGACGGCAGCAGCAGGCUGGUGCUAGAAAGAGAGAACUGCUCGAAAGACUUGCGCAGCAGCAGCAGCAGCAACCUUCUACGCAACAGUCCUACAUGCAGCAGGAGGACGACUCCUCUGAGUUCCCCACCAAUGGCAGCCCUUACAUACCCCACUCUGGCUUACAGACCAGGCAAAAUGUGAAAAACAGACUCCUUGUUAAAAAGCAAGAUAUGGUAGUUCCAAAUAUCCAACCCAAACCCACAGAUUUCCCACAGGUCGGGGCGAAUAUGCAGUAUCAAGGACAGCAGAUGAAGCCAGUGAAGCAGCUGCGGCAGACGAGGACAGUACCUCCGAGUCAGCCUCAGACACCGCAGAAAGUAUUACAGACAAAACCUGCUGCAGCAUCGCUGCCCACGACACAGGCUGCUCGAGUGGCUUCGGCACAAGCAAGGCCCCAGGAACUGAAACCUGGCGUGAAAAGGACUGUCAUGCAGCGGACAAACAGUGGUAGUGGAGAUGGGCCCCAUGUCGGCAGCAAAGUCAGGGUGAUUAAGUUGUCAGGAGGGCAGGGGGGAGAGGAUGCUGGCUUUUUUCACCCAGAGGGCCAGCCCCAGCGGCCUCAACAACCCCCGGAGCCGAAACAGCAGCCAGUACGGAAGGUCACAUUGACAAAGGGAAUGCAACAGCAGCAGCACCAACAGCAGCAGCAGGCACAGAUCCAUUCAGCAGCUCCUCAAGGAGUCAAAAACAUCCAGGGAAUCCAUCAACCUAAAAAGGUCAUUAUGCACGGGAGAGGCAGAGGAGUAGCAGGCCAGAUGGGCCGAGGACGCUUGAUGCCAAAUAAACAGAACCUGCGAGUGGUGGAGUGCAAACCUCAGCCCUGUAUUGUGUCAGUUGAAGGGCUUUCUUCAUCAACUACUGAUGUCCAACUGAAAAACCUGCUGAUGUCAGUGGGACCCAUUCAGAGUUUACAGAUGCUUCCUCAACAACGGAAAGCCAUAGCAAAAUUUAAGGAGCCAGCACAUGCUUUAGCAUUUCAACAGAAAUUCCACAGGCACAUGAUAGAUCUGUCCCACAUAAACGUGGCACUGAUAGUUGAGUGAUGUCUGCCGAGAGAAAACCUGACACUAACCGAAGCGUACUGUGGAGCUACACAAGACGCAGUGGCAAAACCAUCGGGUUGUGAAACUUUUCAGCUUAGUCCUUACUUGCUAUGUUGAACUACAGAAAGCAGCAAGAUGUCCUGCAGAAGAGCUGAACUUGAGAGGAUCCGCAAAGGUGGAAUUUCUGUUCAGUUUGUUCACGUUCUGUUGUAACCACGUGGAACUACAGAUUUUUUUUCAAAAUGCUUUCAAUGCAUGUAGACACCGUUCUUCAAGAUCCUACUGUGUGACCACAGUGACUUGAGAGAGAACGUUUACAUCGAAAGAUUUAAAAACUUCCUUCAUAGCAAAGAAUAUUUGAUAAUGGUUGCUCUUAUCUUCAGUGCGAGGUAUUUGAAUGAAAACUCACUUUUCUGAACAAAACACAUUAGUUACAUUGUAUAUCUGAGAGCACAGAAGGUAUUCCUGCAUAGAUUUAAACGUGGUCUACUUCACUGAAUAGCAGUAUGCUGAGAAGCUUUGGAGGUGACACUGGAAAAUUGUAGUUUCGAUCUUUGUAAAUAAGUUAAGUCUGUCUUUGCAUUUUUCUAUUCCAACACAGACUUCCAUCUUCUCCUUCCAACUCCACUUAUUCCGUAAAACCCUGUGUAGGAAUAACAUUGCUGUAUUUUCCCUUGGUUUUUAAAAACAAGGAUCUUUGCCCUUCAGUAGCAUCGUGGGGUAGUGAACUCCAAGUUGUAACUAGGUUGUUUUAAAGGACUUUGCCAGAUACAAGGAAAAAGAA